AUGUCGAGUCAGUUGUACCAAGCUCUAGACUCGAGUAAGCAAGAGAUCCGCAUCCUGAUAGUCGACACCCAGGAUUUUUAUAGUGAUGGAACUUUGAGCUGCCGCCUGGAGAUAGCAUCUCUUCUCGAUGAACCUAGACCGUACUUCGAAGCGCUUUCCUGGACCUGGGGAGAUCCGACACACAGCAAGUACAUCACGAUAGACGGACACAAAGUCGGUGUCUCUGCCAAUGCUGAGGAAGUGCUUCGCCAUGUCUGCUACGAGCAGAAGCAUGGCCGUGUAUGGUUAGACGCUGUCUGUAUCAAUCAGUCGGAUCUACAUGAACGAGGACAGCAGGUUUCGAUGAUGGACGAGAUCUAUUCCAGAACUGCUCGUGUUCUUGUCUGGCUUGGGCAGGAGGAUGAGACUACCGAGAAGGCGUUGCGAAAUAUCGAUCAGAUUCUGGCACAAUGCCAAAAAUUGACCAACGGGUUUCAAAGCUUGGAACAGCGGCUCUUGCAAGAGUAUAGUAGUAGACCACACUCUGAGGUCCCUCUUCCUCAGUGUGACUGGCCUGCCAUUUUGAAGUUCUACGCGGCUCCAUGGUUUUUUCGAGUGUGGGUUCAUCAGGAAGUCAUGCUCUGCAAAGAGGCCCUCGUCUUCCAAGGUAGACACUCGCGUUCCUGGUUUGACAUCUCUCUCGCGGCACAAUGGCUGUCUCACUCCAACUUCCGCCAAUACAGUCGUCAUAUGACUGAUGAUCCUGGACUUGGUGUCGACAAGGCUAGCCGAAUCUGGCGAUUCACGCGACAGCCACCUGGCGCCACGGGAUACCUAUCGAUGACGAUGUAUCUGGGAGCGACAGAUCCUCGGGACAAAGUAUAUGGUAUCUUGGGCCUUCUUCGAAGUGUUGGGAAUGACACGUUUAAGCUCACGUCUUCUUAUGAAGCCAGUCUGAGAGACGUGUACACAAAGGCCACCAAGCUUGCGAUCCAUGCCGAUGGACUGGCUGCUGUAGAGCUGGCGCAAGGCCUGGUACCGGUCUCGGAGGGGCAAGAGCUAGAGUCCGAUGAUUCUCGUUGGCCUUCUUGGGUACCACACUACAACUGGCGUGAUUACAGGCCCGGAGGAUCCCCAGCUAUGCCAGAUCUGCCACUUCAGAUAGGUGCCGCGGGCAGUGAGCCAUUGCGGCUACGAUUUGAUGAUGAUAACGCAGACAUACUGACCCUCGGAGGCUGCGUUGUAGACACAAUCACAAAGCUGGGAAGUAUCCUCGACAUGGACCUCAUCUUGAGUGCCUCGAGGAUCGCCAAAGAGGUGUCAGAUUGCAGAGCGAUGGUACCCCUAGUACCUGAUCUCGACUUUGCCCUCACGAUGGUACAAGGCCUGGACUACAAUCGAACUCGGCCAUCAGAACACAUCAUGAAUCAGUUUCCCGCAUUCGCUCAGGGGUGUAGAGCGAAGCUCACCGGCCAAUGCCAUGCAGAAUUGCUGCAUGAUGAUGACUCGCUUACAUACUUCUCCAACAUCGCGUGGGACUAUGCUAACACCAUCAACGUGCACAGUCGGAACAGAAGGUUCUUCGUUACGGAGAAAGGCUACAUGGGCACGUCGUUCCCGAAGACGCAAGUUGGGGAUAAAGUUUGCAUUCUCUAUGGUAGUACGAUGCCAUUUGUACUGCGAAAGGUCGAGGAGCGAUGGCGUCUGUUGGGCACGGCAUAUGUACACGACAUCAUGGAAGGCGAAUAUGUGCAGAGGCUUCGUGAGGCGAGCCGGCUGCAGGAAGAGUCGCAUUCUUUUGACAUCUGCUGA